UUCCGAUAUUGACAAGCUCGUGUCUCUGGCGUGUUUAGCGCCUCUUGAAAAAGGCGCAGAGUGUAACCUCCUCCUCGGACCGACGUUAAGAAACGUUCCCGGGAUUCUGUGCUUUUCACUCGUGCUCGUGUUGCUCCGUUGCGGGUCGUUUCAAAACAUGGAGGAGCGAGACAGAAAGAGCUUGAAGCCCGACCCUAAAGACGCGGUCGCUUCCGGCUCUUCGGUCCCGGGGCCGCGAGCAGCGGCGACCGGAGACGAUGACGCGGGAAGAACGGACGUCUGCUCGGACCGCUUCGACCCGCUCCUGGCCCUGUACGCGCCGGCCGUGCUGCUGCCUUUCCCCAACAUCAAGGGCUUCAACAACGUGGCGGCGUACGAGAGCUUCGUGAAGGGCGGCCGCGGCCGAGCCAAGCCGGAGAACGUGGAGAAGAGGCGGCUGAAGGCGACGAAAGGCGUGGCGGACCCUGAACGCAUCGCGAGGCUGAAGAAGCUGGUGGUGAACAACCCGGUGUCGGAGAAGAAGCUGGAGGAGCACGCGGCGCGCAGGAGGAGGAGGCAGGAGGUCCAGAAGAACGUCCUGACCAGGAUGCCCCUGUGUAAAGGCAGUCCGCUGGGCGAGCUGUACAGGUGUGUGGAGGAGAGGAUCCGGGUCAAAGUUCACAUCAGGACCUUCAAGGGCCUGAGGGGGGUGUGCUCCGGCUUCGUCGUGGCCUUCGACAAGUUCUGGAACAUGGCGAUGGUUGACGUGGACGAGACGUACCGGGAGCCGCUGCUCGGAGAGGCCUUCCACCACGAGAAGGCCCUCACCAUCUCACGGCUCUUCGAGAAGCUGAAGCUGCAGGAGAACCCGGUGGGAGACGAGCCCGCGGAGAACCCAGACAGAACCCCGAAAAACAGGUCCGCCCACGGGGGGGCGGAGUCCCGACGCUCCGGCGCCGCCGGAGUCAAACCGGAGGCCCGCGGGAAGAAAGAGCCCCGGACGUACGGCCGGGUCCUCGAACGCCACAUCAACCAGCUGUUCAUCCGGGGGGAGAACGUCCUGCUGGUGAACCCGCAGCCGCUCGGCCCGCAGACGCCCGGCCCGCAGACGCCCGGCCCGCAGACGCCCGGCCCGCAGACGCCCGGUCCGCAGACGCCCGGCCCGCAGACGCCCGGCCCGCAGACGCCCGCAGACGCUCGGCCCGCAGACGCCCGGCCCGCAGACGCCCGGCCCGCAGCCGCUUGGAUCGAAAGGAUCCGGUCGCUGGAAGGAUCGCUCACCACGAGCCAGAGCACGACGUACCGGGAGGACAGAGGCGUCCCACUGGGGAAGAGCGCCCCCUGGUGGUGA